AAAAACUCCAAAAUUUCCAUCCUCUCAGCCUAAAAAAUCUUUUUCUUUUUGAGCGGAACCCGACUUAUAAAAUCACUACUGCCCGUCAGAGAUCUUCUUUUUCCGUCUCUCUCUUUCUCUAUUCAGAGCACACUAUAACUCAAUUUCAGUAUCAAUGGCGGCCUCUUCAAGUGCCCUAACUGCACAAUUUCACAAUUGCCACCGACUUGUUGACCAUAAGAAACCGUCCCCCAUUUCAAUCUCAUCCUGUAAAUUAAACCCCUAUGCAAAUCCGGUUGGUCCUCCAAUUUUGUCAUGGCAGAGUAGGAAGUUUGGAAAGACUCGAAGAUCUCUCCAUGUACAUGGUUUAUUUGGUGGGAAGGAGGAAAACAAUGAUAAGAGUGAUGAUGCCUCCUCAAAGGUCGAGUGUAUUCUCUCUUUGAAUUGA